GAGCAGGACGAGGUGCAGCGGGCGGAGCGCAUGCUGCAGCAGGCCGAGCGCCUGGGCUGCCGCCAGUUCGUCACCGCCACCGACGUGGUCCGCGGGAACCCCAAGCUCAACCUGGCCUUCAUCGCCAACCUCUUCAACAAGUACCCGGCCCUGCACAAGCCCCACAACCAGGACAUCGACUGGGGCUCCAUCGAAGGUGAGACAAGGGAAGAGAGGACGUUCAGGAACUGGAUGAACUCCCUGGGUGUUAAUCCACGUGUAAAUCACUUGUAUAGUGACCUGUCAGAUGCCUUGGUGAUCUUCCAGCUCUAUGAAAAGAUCAAAGUGCCAGUAGACUGGAGCAGAGUGAACAAACCACCAUACCCCAAACUGGGUGGCAACAUGAAGAAGCUGGAAAACUGCAACUAUGCAGUGGAGCUGGGGAAGAACCAAGCCAAAUUCUCCCUCGUGGGCAUCGCCGGGCAGGAUCUGAACGAAGGGAACCGGACGCUCACGCUGGCCCUGGUCUGGCAGCUGAUGAGGAGGUACACCCUGAAUAUCCUGGAAGACAUUGGUGGUGGAGAGAAGGUGAAUGAUGAAAUCAUUGUCAGCUGGGUCAACGAAACACUGACUGCAGCUGGGAAGGAUUCAACCAUCUCCAGCUUCAAGGACAGCAAAAUCAGCACCAGCAUGCCAGUCCUGGACCUCAUUGAUGCCAUCCAGCCAGGAUCAAUCAAAUACGACCUCCUGAAAACAGAGGACCUGGACGAUGAGGAGAAACUCAACAAUGCUAAAUAUGCCAUCUCUAUGGCCAGGAAAAUCGGAGCCAGAGUCUACGCCCUUCCAGAAGACCUGGUGGAAGUAAAACCCAAAAUGGUCAUGACAGUGUUUGCUUGCCUGAUGGGGAAAGGCAUGAGGAAAGUUUAAAGCACAAAGGACUUGUACUGAUGCCUGGUAUUCACCCUUUUGAUUCCCUCAGACUGGAUGCUCUUCUCUGUAUCAAGGAAACACGCAGGGUGCUCAUGCUUUUAAGGCAUGAAAGUUACAGUUCCAGAUCAUACAAAAGUUGUGUAUCCAGGACAUGUUUUGUUUUGUUUUGAACAGGAAUAUGUGCUUGAUUUCUUUGCCUUAUUUUCCUCUUUGCUAGAUAUAACCAUUUCAUAUUCCUGAGGAAGUUUUCCAUAGCCAGGCCUACACAUAUCCCUCUGUUAAUGGCUAUCAGGGGUUUCUGUCAGAGGUCACCUGGAGGUCUCCAUCUCCAGAAGUACAGACAGCUUUUAGGAUUAUGAAAUGUUAUAUACUGCU